CUUGUUUGUUGUCAAAGUAAAUUUAUCAUUUUGUUAUCUACUGUUGCAUCGAUAGAUUAUUAAAUCAUGCCAUAAGAAAUAUAAAUAUGAUUUCUUCCUAACUACUUAUUUUUCAAAAUGCAGGCGUUCCAUUUAUUACCUGAACACCUAUUAAUAGUAUUAUUUGCUGGAAUUUAACAGGUGCCCCCCCCCCCCCCCCCCCCCCCCUCCAUAAUUUAAAUGGCAGUGUUACUGUAAACAUGUUGCAAGUAAUUGUUACAUUGUUUCCACAAACAAUAAUUGUUUUUAUUGCCUGUUGGUAAAAAGAGACCUGUGGUUAUAAUUAUAAUAGUUCUGUACUUGACAAAUUGAGAAGGGAAGAUAAUAAAUGUGACAUGGAUAAGCGAAGAAUGCUUUCCAAGAAAAAGGACUGUGGACUCAAUGAAGGCAUAGCAGGAAGAUAUGUGAAGCGGGAUACACCACCAGUUCUUCGCAACUACCACACACCUGUAAGACAAGCCAACACCUCCCAGCGGCGAACAGCUAAAAUCCCAGCAUCUUACAUUCCUCAACAUGCACCAACUAACCCCAUUUCAAACCCAGUCUUAUCUAUGCCGACUUCCCAACCACGAGUUCCUGGACAAUCGCUGCACUACUCGCCACUGCCGGUUAACACAUCCAUCAUACCUGAGCGUCAGUACUACUACCAGCAGCACCUUACUAAUGCCUCCAUCAACCAGUUGUCUCAAGGUCUUCAGAACAUCAGAGUUAGUGCCCCAUCAACUUCAAGGACAGAGUCGGUGAUGGCAUCUAGAGGCGUUGGCGUAGCUUACUCCUAUCCCAUUAGUGCUGUUGGACAAGUCAGUACUGGCGGAAUGCUACAGCAGACAUCUCCGGGGUACUAUCACAAUAUGUCGAGUCAAGUCUCAACCCAGCACCAGCAGCAGGAACAACAACAGCAGCAACAACAACAGCAGCAACAACAACAACAGCCGCAGCUGCAGAACCAACAGCCGCAAGGUCACCAGGUACAGACUGUCGCCUUGUAUCAGCCGUCAGACGAACACAGCACAGCACCACUGGCAAUGGUCAGAGAAGAAGACAACAAGGACCCAGUUACAACCCAGUAUGCAGGUAACCAUGGUAACUAUGGCAACAGUGAGUACAUGAAUCUGCAGUAUGAUGAAAACUACCAAAUCGCCCAGUACCACCAGGAGAUCCGGAACCACUAUGCCCAGCAGAACAGCGCGACGAGCCAGCCCACCCUGCCCACCACCGCCGUGUACUCGGAUAUAGAUCACACACACAACACACAGCACGAGGUGCUUCCAGCCUCGUCAGCACCAUCAAGUGGUUACGCUACCCAGGAAGAAUUGCGUCUUCCUCCUGGCUGGUCUGAGGACUGGACGAUGCGAGGCCGCAAGUUUUACAUUGAUCACAACACACAGACAACCCACUGGAGCCAUCCACUCGAGAAAGAUAGUCUUCCUACUGGCUGGGAACGCAUCGAAUCAAAAGAAUAUGGAAUAUUUUAUUAUAAUCAUACCACGAAACAAGCUCAGUAUUUACACCCACUGUCUCCAAUAGUGCCACAACACAACAUGCUGAUAGCGUACGGUAGACCGAUCCAGACUGAAUACCGACCACAACGUCAGAGUAAUGUGCUGGUACCGGCCAAUCCAUAUCUACACACAGAAAUUCCUCACUUUCUAAUGGUGUACUCUAAAGCUCCACCGGAACAUGACCACAAACUCAAGUGGGAGUUGUUCCAGUUGCCAGAUCUAGAGUACUACGAUGCCUUGCUGGUUAGGUUGUGUAAAGAAGACUUAAGAAAAAUAGUAAUGGCGUAUGAAGGAUAUCGAAGUGCAUUAUUACGAGAACUUGAGCGUCGGAAAGACGAACGACAAGAACAACAACACAGAAUGUUAACACAGAAUGUUGAGACAAAAGUAUAGUGUGAACACUGUACAUUGUGCAAUAAUUUAUACAGCUUUUUGUGAUGUGAAGUCUGUGACAUUUUCUGAGGCCCUGUUUGGGUUUAUAAGGAAUACAUCAUAAAAUUAUUAUUAUUUUGGUGCCGUCAGCUUUGCAUAACGUUUUCAUCUCCUUGUUACUAAUAAACAUAUAUAUCAU